AUGAAGGUGGCUUCCGAACUGACCGAUGAGCGUGUAUUUGCGCGGCUCAAAGCGUACAACAGCGCCGGCGAGGGAUCCGAGUCGGAGUACGUCUACGUCAACGGCAAACCCAUAACGUGCCGGCGAUGCAAGCGCAAGAGACUGGUGUCUGAGACGCCCGAACAGUUGCAGUUCAAGACGUGCAACCCGUGUCGCGUGAUUGAGCGAGCGCAGAAGCGACGCGGGGCGAAAAACAGCGUCAUCAAGAACAGAGAGGAGUACGACAUGAUCCAGCAGAUUCGAGGUCUGGAUACCGAUUUGGAGACGGCGGCUGUGGCCGAUGCUCCGCGCACAAAAUCCGAGAAACCGCUCGAGACGACCCCUGACGUGCCGCAGUCGUCUACGGCGUCGCCCUCCGAGCAGCCCGACGGGUUGGGGCUUGAGAAAGACUCGCUGGUCGAGCACGACACCACAACACAGUCUCGGGCAGACGCGAAGGCUGAGCUGCAGCAGCGACUGGUGAGUCUGCCCCAGGGCGACCUGGGCCACCCCACCGGCGAGCAGGAUCCGCGGCGACCUGCGUCUGUGUGCGUUUGCUGCGGCCAGAACACCAACGGCCUCGACGACCUGUGUUCUCCGUGCGAAAACAGAGACUCGGUCAUCAAAUCGCUCGACUACUAUCUCGAGCUGCUCCAGCUCAACCACGAACAGGAGCUGAGCAACAUAGUGUUCACGACGAACGAGCCGCACACACAGCUUCUCGCAAGGACGCCCGCCAAAGAAUUAACGCCCGCCACGCUGCUCCUGCGACUGUACGAGAAAUACAUUCUCGCCAUCAGCAAGGCCACAGGCUACGACUUCAAGUAUCAAACAGAGUCUGAAUUUUCGCGCAAGUGCUGUGAUCCUGUUCAGAUGAAAGUGCGCGAGUGUCUGAAAUGCGUCAACGAGAUAGACAUGCUUUUCCAGAACGACGACAUCGACUCCGAGCUCAUGGCUUUGCAAUCGUCGCCCGUGGACCAGACCCCGGCCAAGACGCCCUGCCACUCGCUGAUUUUCGUGUCGUACAACGCGCGUUCCGGAAGACUCGUGAUCAGCUUCACGCAUCAGCCGCACCGCUGA